AUGAAGCGCCGGCUUGACAGUGAGGGCCAUGAUGCAGUCCGUGAUGGGCCGCAGAGUGUUUACGAGAUGCUAACAUGGCCCACCCAAGUGUGCAUGGAUGCAACUCGUGAUGUGGAAGCAAAGGCAAGACUGGCCCAGAACAUGUCCAGUGGUUUGUUGCUUGGGUCGGAUUACGCUGGUGCGAGGAUGGCAGAUGAUGCCCUCCACAGGGUGUCAGCAGAGGUUGCCAGCAUCCUCAAGUUGAGUCAGAGCCAAGGCCAAUGUGUUGUGAAGACUGCCUACACCUGUGAUUGCGAAGCAGGGCCGAUGAUGGUCUGCUUGGAUGGCAACCAUCCAGCUGGGCAUCAUUUCCAGUUUUUGGAGGACCGCCUGUCGGAGCCUCUGCUGCAGGAAGUGGACGACUUGCUGGCUCAGGCUCAGUCUUCAUCAGGGACUGACAUGGCUGCUGCCUACCAAUCUGUGGCCAGGCUGUUGAUGCGACGUGAGGUGUGCGCCUUCGGCACACUCCGCAGCAAGUGCAUUCGGCACUUUGGCAGUGUCUGCAAUGCCACUUUGAUGCCCGAGAACUACGAGAUGAGCAGCGAAGCGCUGUCUAUCAACAUCGCUGGUGUGACCUGCGUGGGUUUCUCUCAGUUCGGUGGCAGGGCAAGACUUGCGCACGGCUCCAUGAAGUCUUUCCACAUCUGGGCGGCGUCCGUGCGCAAUAUGCAACCCGAUCUCAUCGUUGCUGAAAGCGCCCCGUUAUUCGACAAGACCCUCUUCACUUGGUGGUUCGAAGACCUUUACCGGGCGGUCUUCUUCGACCACCCUGGGCCGUCGCUGCUCGGCUUUCCAAUGAAUAGACCGAGGAUGUACGUCAUCCUGGCCCGACGCGACAAAUACGUCACUACGGCCACCUUCGAGGGCUACAAGCAGAUGUUCUCCCGAAAGGUUCUUUUGAGUGGUGAUGCUUACUUCAAUGCAAAGCCCGAGGAUGUUUUGAAGGAGGCUCGGCAUUUGGCCGGGGUGCGCAAGGUCCAGAAGCCAACUUUGCAGGACCUCGAGAAUCUUGAUUGGCUGCGGUUGUAUCCUGUGG